AUGUCGUCCAAUUCCGAUCUCACAGAGCCGGGCAGCAGCACCUAUGCCUCGAACACACUGCACGUCGGUGAUGGGACAUGGGACUCCGGACGCGAUACGUUCCUGCUGCCCAAUCUCAUGGGUGUGAACUUCGAGACGAUGCGAUAUAACGGGAUGGGAAACCGCUUCAGAGACAUGCCUCAAUACCACACCUUCGUCAUCGCUCAUGCCGUCAUCGCAACGAUCGUGUUCAUGGGGAUUGUACCACUCUCGGUGAUGCUCAUUCGAUACUACUCCCGUUCGAAUCCGUUCUGGGCUUUCAAGUUGCAUGUCUGGUGCCAGGUCCUGACUCUGUUCCUGACCACUGUGGUCUUUGUCCUGGGCUGGUUUGCGGUGGGUCCGCGAAGGAGCCUGACCAAUCCUCAUCAUGGGAUCGGUCUGGCCAUCUAUGUGAUGGUCAUUGUCCAAGUUCUUUGGGGCUGGUUGCUCCACAAGGUAGAAAGCAAGCGCGAGCGAGUUCAUGUCCCUCUGAAACUAGUGUUGCAUCGAUGGUUGGGCCGUGCCCUAGCCCUCCUGGGCCUCAUCCAGAUCCCCUUAGGACUCACCCUGUAUGGCUCCCCGAAGUCAUUGUUUAUCCUGUUCGCGCUUGCGGCCUUCGGCCUGCUGCUCGCCUUUUUCGUGCUAUCCUACCUAUACGACACAGAUGGGUAUCACAUGGGAAGUGACUACGACAGUCGCCAUAGCUACAUUUCCGGUCCCUCGGCUCCCCCGGAUCGUCCUCAACACAACUUCGGUCGGAUGGCCGCCGCGGGCGCGGGGGCCGCUGGGCUGGCUGCGCUAUUCAGGCGUCGCUCGAAGAGAGACCAUGAUGACUCGCAAGUGUCUUACACGGAGGAUAAGUAUUCCGACGAGGAAUCGCGCCGUGGCGGCUGGGGCGGCAAACUUUUCAAGCUGGGCGCGCUGGGUGGCGGUGCCUUCCUUGCUAAGAGGCUGUUUGACCGGCGUCGCGAUCGAGACGACGAUACAGAAUCGGGCCGGUAUAGUCGCGCCCACACGCGAAGUGACAGUAUGACCGAGGCGACCAUGAGCCGGAUGGAAGACGGACGGCGGCCGGAGCCAACUCACCGAACGCCUCUGAACCGACCCCCAAGUCGACCCCCAAGCCGACCACAGAGCCCAGGAUCAUCAGAGUUCUACGAUAGCACCUACCUUUCCCAAAACGAUCACGGCGGCACCCACAAGGCGCGCAAUGCUUUUCUGGGCGCCGGCGCGUUUGCGGCCAUCAAAAACAUAUUCAACCGCCGCAGAGGCGACGACGACGAUCAACGUCGCAUAGAGGAACUGCGUCGUCGGGAGAUCGAAGACGAGAGACUGGCUCGAGCAAAUAGCAAGCGCCGAUAUACCGGUGACGGUUAUUACCCGCAGAACCGAAGAGACAACCGGAGAACCCAGUCCUUCUCAGCCACCGAUCUCACCAGCGACAUGACACGCCCCCCUCGUGGCCCUGCCCACGGCCACCCAGGCCCCGCUGCCUACUCCGGUCCUGUCGACGGCCCACACUCCGAGCUACCCCACGCUACACCAAUCCACCACCCCUCGGAUAUACCACCACCCGACGUCUCCGACUUCACUGCCGGACCGGCAAUGGGCGCGGCUCCCGGCCCCCACCGUCGCCGAAGCGGCAGCAGACACCGAGAAGACAACGUCGAGUCGCCCCCCGUCUCCCUCAAAGUGAAGAUGCACGAAGACGGCCGACACGUCACGCUCCGCAGGCUCACAGAGGAGGAAGCAGCCGCCAACCGCGAAAACCGGCGCCGAGACCGACGGAGCUCCCGACGCCGUACAGGAAGCGCGAGCUCGCUGUCCGGCAACGAGAGCGGAUAUUCCCGUUGGCGGCGAGUCGAGGAACUCGAGCGCCAGCAACAAGAGCAGAUGCAGCGAGAACAGGAAGCCGCCGCUGCCGCUUCUACCGUCCCCCCCGCGAUGCAUCCCCCGUCGAACAUGGACAUGAGCCACAUGGCACCUCCCCCACCGCCCCACGUCCCUUCCAGCCUGCCCUACGGCCCCGGCAGUGUCACCUCCCCUGGCACUUGGACGGGGACGGAAGCCAGCGGUGACUACGCCAAUAAUCGGCGGAGAAGACGUGCUGAACGAGCCCGCACGCGACAAGAGCGUCAGCAGCCCAGCGUGGACUUUACUUAA